AUGAAUCUUUCUCAGUCUUCAUGGAUUGGUAAUGCCAGUGAGUGUAACACCUUUGUCCACGCAACUGUUCCUUUACAUGUAAGAUAUAAUUCUGCCGAUUCAUUCUAUAGCUUGCUUGUCGCAGCAGCUGUUUUCAACUUGGCCGCUUGUCCUUUGACCAUUUUGUUGAACGCUUUGGUUAUGGUUGCCGUGAAAACCAGACGAAGACUUCAAACACACCCUAACAUUUUGUUGGCCUGUUUGGCACUCACCGAUCUGAUGGUAGGACUUCUUGUACAACCCCUUCACAUAACCAAGUCUAUUUUCCUCCUACAAGGGAAAGAUACCCAAGUAUUUUGUGUCAUUGAGGUUGCUUUAACGAUGUCUUUUGCGAUAUUUAUGUUUGCAACAGUUUUCCAUUUACUUUUAAUGAGCGUUGAGCGAUAUCUUGCUAUUAAACAUACCUUCACUCACGCUACAGUCGUCACCAAAGCUCGCCUGGUCAUUUCCUCUGCUGUGGCGUGGAUUGCAGCCAUCGUGUUAUUUCUCGUUGCUUCGUAUUCAACUAUUGUAAGUUUUAUUAACCAUGUAACCAUCAUUUCUGCAAUUAUCGUACUUCAAAUUUCUGUUUAUAAGGAGGCCCGUCGACACGAAAAACAAAUUCUUUCACAGCAAGUUUCCAUGGAGGCCAGACAAAAAUUUAAACAGGAAAAAAGAGCUUUAAAACUGAUUACGAUAAUACUAGUGGCAAUUUUUCUGUGUUUAUUUCUCUCUCCGAUUUUCAUGUUUACUGCAUGGCAUAUUUUUAGCGAAACCUUUUCAAUUGAAGUUCAAACAUUAGUUCGUCAUAUUAGCUUUGUACCGGUGAUAAUCAAUUCAUUUCUUAACCCAGUCAUUUACACUGUGAGGAAGAAGCAGUUUCGAAUUGCUUUUAUUGAGUUGCUUUUGAGAAAAAGUUUACAAGAAGCUGAACAAUUUGGAAUGAGACUGUUUAGAUCACCAAACAAUGCUCUGAGACAAAAUGUACAGGAAGACGAGGGACGGGAGCAAAAUGUUGUCCACACUGAAGGUAACCUUGAAAAUGUUCCCGAGGUCCUCGCUUCUGAUGCUAAUUUUGAUGACAAAAACAUAACCGCUGCACAGCACGAAUCUCCUUCCUCAAAGGCACUCACAGGCACAUCCAGAAAGACAAAGAAUGUACGUGGCAAGGAAAAAAACUCCUGCACACGAUAAAAGCAAAGAAGAAGAUAAUCUUGCAGCUCUCAGUCGUCCCAAGCCCUUGUUUUGAUUGGAAAAACGCUGAAAUCAUUCAAGGCGACGAUGUAUCCUCGAAGAAACUCGAGACUGAACCAAAAUGACUGAAAAACAACCUCAGCAUCGAAAUUUAGCAGAGAAAGCGGACGAGGAAAUCAAAAUUGUGGAAGAAAAUAUUGCUAGGUGAUUGACAGAAGUGACGACGACAUUGAACCCAUCUCGCGAAACUGAUAUUAGGCGUCGUUCACACUAAGCCGGAGGAAUUUGAAAACGGAGGUUUCUUUCUGAAAACGCAUCAAAUGU